AUGGAACUCUCUGUCAUUACCGUAAAAGGCCUCUCAGAGAAACUCCUUCACAAACAAUGUAAUGAAAGCGUGAACGAAGUGAUUGAGAAGCUGUUCGAUGAAGUUCUGCCACUUGAGAAACCCACUACAAUACAGGACUCGGAGGUUGAAGAAAAUGCUAUUCAGUUGUGGAACUGGGCUGUGACCAAAAAUAUUGGUUCGAAUAUCAACAAACAACAAAAAGCGAAAGUGCGUCAUGUGGCCUGCAGACUCCUUUAUUUAUGUGAAUCUGAGAACCCAUCAGAGAAUGCCAUUCGCAAGCAGAUUUUGAUGGCCAGUAAAACAGGAAGGACAUGGCUUGAUUGUAAAAACCCCAAACUUGCUGAUGAUUUUUUAAGUCUUGCUGUCAACAGCCUGGAGACUCUUUACUGCAGACUAACAUCCCAUGGAGAUUCUGUUGCUGAUAUCAACACACUGAAAGGAGAUGUAGAGAAAGACCUGCUACGGGUUCUCUCUUAUCAAGCUGAAUCAGCAGUUGCUCAAGAAAAGCACCAGGAGGCAGUCUCCUGCAUACAACGAUGUAAAGAGAUGCUUCUGAGGCUUCCCAAGGAGACUGGCUAUCUGUCUCUCAUUUGCUACAACUUUGGAGUAGACACAUAUAAUCAGCAUAAGCAUGAAGAGAGUUCAUUUUGGCUCAGUCAGAGCUAUGAUAUAGGAAAGAUGAAUCCAAAGUACUCCCCAGGACCAGAGAUGCAAGCCAAAGUCUUGAGACUUCUUGCUACAGUUUAUUUGGAACUGGAUUGUCACAAGGAUAAGGAUAAAGCUCUUCAUGCAGUGAACCUGGCAAAUAAGGAAACCUUUCAUCCAGCAGGCCUUUUUCUGAAAAUCCGCAUUUUGCUGCGGAGUGGAGCAUCAGAUGAAGUGGUUAAAACCGGACUAACAGAACUGCUUGACUCUGAGGUUCCUCUGGAUGUGUGUCUGAGCACAGCAAAAAUGCUGAUGGCAGAAGAUAGAGAAACUCUAUCCUUCGACUUCCUGAAGAGGAUGUAUCAGCAUUUUGAGUCAUCUCCUGACCUGGGCACUGUACUCCUGUUGCAUAUUGAGCUGCUGCUGCAGAAAGGCAAAGAGCUGCUGGGCAAGCAGAAAAUUGAGGAUGCAAUCACAGGUCAUUACACAGGAAAGCAGUUAUCACCACACACUCUAACUUCCCUCCAUCUCCUUUUAUGGGACAGAGCUUCUAAAAAUUUUGAGGCCAAAAACUACUCAGAGGCUCUGCAGUGGUACAACUACUCACUGAGUUUUUACAAGGCCGGUCAACUGGAUCAGAACCUGGCAAAACUGCAGAGAAACCGAGCAACCUGUUUCCUUAAUUUGCAGCAACUAGACAGGGCAAAGGAAGCUAUUUCGGAUGCUGCCAAGUGUGAUCCAAAUAGCAUCUUCACACAUUUUAGUGUCUUUAAGAUUGCUGUCCUGGAGAAAAAUUUAGAGAAGGCUGCUGAGGCUGUAAGAGAGAUUGGGGUCCUAGCCCAGGUGCCUGUGACCAGCGAGGACAGGCUUCAUGUGACUGAAAAUGCUGCGGCCAACCUUCUCAGCCUGGCUGCUCAGAUUGCCCUGGAGAAUGAGCAGCUGGAGACAGCCAUGAAAGCCUUGGAGAGUCUGUGUGAACACUCACAAGAUGCAGAACAAGUGUUCACUGCCCUCAGGUGUUUAGUUCGACUUGUGCUUUCAACAAUGGAGAAUGACAAUGAAGAAAAGAGGGAUGCCAGUUUAGAUGUCCUCUUAUCAUAUCUGAAGAUGGCACUGAAGAAUGUGCCCCAACUCAACCAAGUGCCUGUCCAGGAAACUGACCAGUGCUCUGAGGAGGCCAACUGGUUCAGGAGGAUUGCAUGGAAUACGGCCCUGCAGUGUGAGAGUAGCCCUGUUAGAAUGAAAGAUUUUUUUGUCCUCUCCUAUCAGCUGUCACGGUUCUGUGUUCCAGACAAAGGUGUGUUGAUGGGGCAGAAGACUUGUUUGCUGAUGGCUGCUGCUGCCUGUCUGGAGAUCUACAGGAUGUUUCCUCAGUCUGAACAACAGACUGAGGUCCUAACUCAAGCUUUGGAGCAUAUUCAGAUGUGCUGGGAGGUCUGGAGAGCUUUAAAAUGUACAGGUGACUGUUGUAAAGACCCCACUGAAACCUUAUUACUUUUGUAUGAGUUUGAGGUUCGCGCCAAGUUGAACGACCCCAAGCUGGAGUCUGUGCUGGAGUCAGUUCUGGAGCUUGAUAACAUUGAAACCAAAGUGCUAGAGACAAUUGCAGCCUUAGCUAUGGAACCCCCGGCCCACUUCCCGGCGCUGUGUAAGAAAGCUUUGAGAAUUGCCCUCUCUCUACACAAACAAGGCCCGCAUGCAGAUUUGUCACGCUGCAGUAACUGUUUGCACAGUCUGAUCCAGCUAUCUCUGCCCAGUGGUGUGUGUGAAGUGGAGCCCCACGUGUUAGAGGAAGUGUGGGGUUACUAUGAAGAGGCCUUGUCCAUCAUUGCAGCAUCAGAAGACUUCCCUGAACUGGAGAUCCUGUGGCUGCUGACCCGAGCAUGGAACACAGGGAUACUGCUGUACAGUCUGGCCCAGUACCCUGAGGCAGAGAAAUGGUGUGGCUUGGGGAUGAGCUUUCUGCGCCACCUGGGCUCCCUGCAGGAGAGCUAUCAGACUCAGAUGUCUGGUCUAUACAGUGAGGUGCUGGACAGGCUUGACAGAGCCAAGAAGACUUUCAUAAUAGAGGAGCAACAACGGUUCUAG